UGAUCGGCAUGCUUGAGGUCACAUGCCCUUUUGACAGCACAUCAUCAAUGCAGAAACUUCUUCUUCUUGCUUUAUUGUUCCCGCUUAGUAGAAUCCCGAGUACGCCAGUCAAGGUAAACAACAAAAGUUCGCGAGUCUUUUUGCAAACUAAGUUUUACUGUGACAUCAGUGUUUUGGCUGAUUCUAUUUGACUUUGAAGACGACAGUCUCCAGCAUGUAUAGUCUACAUGAUGGUGCUGUACUUUUGGUUCUUGCUGCUGCAGUUGCGAUGCUGCAGUGUGAUGCUGCAGUCACGUGUCUAGAUGAAGAAGGAAAACCUGUCGAUUGGUUUAUUGUGUACAAACUUCCAAUAGACUCAUCUAGUAGCAUACAACAAGUACAGGAGGGCUACGGGUAUAUGUACAUGGAUGUCCGUCAGACCAAACUCAAAUUAUCCAAUAUUUGGUUGAAUGCCACCAAUCAUGCCAUUGCGCACACCUUACAACAGAUAUACGACAACGAUGGCAGUAAGGAUGUCGCCUAUUUGAUGUACAAUGAUGAGCUACCAGACAGUGAUAAAACAGCUAGAAUUUAUGGUCACACAAAAGGUGAUUUGGCAUUUGAUGCAAGCAGCGGCUUCUGGCUCGUCCACAGUACUCCCCGUUUCCCUAGAAAUUCGUCACUGAGCUACAACUGGCCAAACAGUGCAAGAAGAAAUGGACAGUCGUUCCUGUGUGUAACGUUCGGCUUCGAUCAAUUUGAGGAAAUUGGUCAACAGUUGAUGUACAACUACCCGUGGGUCUACGACUCCAACCUACCAUCUGACCUUGUUGAGAAGACCCCUAGCAUAGUCAGUGCUGCUAAUAAGAAGCAUGUAUCUUCACCACCCUGGAAUAGAAGUGUAUCCCUUACCUCGAGUGGCGGACAGUCAUUCACCUGUUUUGCCAAAUCUACAAAGUAUGGUGAAGACAUUUAUUCCUCUUGGCUCGCCCCAUACCUCAAGAGUGAUAUUUUCGUCGAGACUUGGCAGGACGGUCGCGGUAAAAUGAACUCAUCCUGCGGUGGGACUUAUAAAGCCAUCAACAUUGUUUCCUUGAAGCUUGGUACGGAAGAAUAUGUCCGCGAGACUAAGGAUCAUUCCAAGUGGGCUGUGACUGCUUCCGAGGGAUCCAAGUGGAUUUGUAUCGGGGAUAUUAAUCGAAUGUGUUCCCAGCUGCAACGGGGUGGAGGCACACUGUGCUUUGAGAAUGAGUUCGCCCAUAGGAACUUCUUGCAUGGAAUUACAGCCAGCCAAAAAUGUCCUCAAGUAAACCAAUGUUAAAAGUAUGAAACAGGAUUGUUGGAGCUGACGAGCUACUCACAGUCAGUGUUUAUGUUUUGUGUGAUCAACCUUAAAAUAACAAGCCUUUGAAAAUUGGGCUCAUUUUUUAUUUUAUUUU